AUGGCUACUCUACAUGAGGCCCUCCAAUGCCUCAAGCCGACGUCAUGGGACGAAGUCCCCCAGGAUCCCGACGAGCUCCGUGAAUACGUGCGCGAGAUCUUCAAAAACAGCCGCCUGGUAGCGGAGUCUCUUCCAGACCCCCCAAUCUCCGAUAGUGAUGACUAUCCCGGGUUAGACGCCACUUCAGAUUCUUCCGCCCGACGAAUCGUCCCAUCAUCCGCGCGAGUGGGAGAAACCGACCCAGGGAUUACAAAACUACAGAAGGAAUGGGGGAAGCCACUCAAGAUGGGCGGACCAAAGGAUAAUCCGUUAGACGUGACUGUGUGGAAACUUCCUGCGAUUGACGGCGGAGGCUCAUGGUUCGGGCGACGGAGUGUGCAUGAAGGCCUCCCAUUCUCGCGGUGGCAGAAGAAGCUUUCAACUGAAUACGACGAAACGCUCAAAGUAAACCGCAAGAAGAUUGAGUCGGGACAGACGCCCGACAAGAGCAUCCGCGGGAUCGGCGCCCAAGAAAAGAUCGAGACUAUUGAGGUCAAGGACCAUGAUGGCUCGGUUAUGGGAUACUUAAUUGUUUACCAUGUCUCGGCGCAAUUUCCCAAACCUACCGCUCCGCGUGACUUUGUGGAGUUGAUCAUCAAUUCUGAUUCUGGAUUGCAAACUGGCGGAUCUCGGCAGCCUGGUCGCAGCUGGAUAAUGAUCUCUAAGCCGUGUGACCACCCCGGUAUCCAGCAUCAGCCGGGGUAUACUCGCGGAGAGUAUGAGUCUGUCGAGCUCAUUCGGGAGAUUCCUAAGAAGGAUGGCAGUGGGAACAGCUCUCCUACCCAGGGCAGUAAGAAUAACGGUGGUUCUCCAUCCUCCAAUCUGCAACGCCCUGAGGGGCUACCUAAGCAGAAUGGAGCUGGGGAUGGCGAAGACGAAGAAAUGAAUCCUGUUGAAUGGAUCAUGGUCACCAGGAGUGACCCGGGGGGCAGCAUCCCACGGUGGAUGGUGGAGAAGGGAACACCGCGAAGCGUGGGGGCGGAUGCCGCUAAAUUCAUCAAUUGGGCUAUCCAAGACGACAAGCCGCCUGAGCAAGAAACAAGCACAGGUACGGAAGCUGUGAAUACCUCAGCAGGCGCCAAGGCUAAAUCUGGGGAGAUUGAGGGGGGCUAUGACUCCGACCAGGCAGACGACUCGGAUUCAGAUUACGAAUCACUCGACAGCGACGGCGAGCAUUCGCAUCAUGGUCUAAUUGCUAGUGUCACCAGCUUGCUCAGUACCGGACUGGAACGAUUCGCACCACAUGUUCUGGGCUAUGGCCCUGAUCAUGAGGUAUCGGGUGAUCUCCCACCCGCGGAUGAAGUUUCCUACAUUGAUGCAGAGGGCAACGCACACCUAAGCUCAAAAAGCGUUCAACAAGACAAAACAUCGUUGGAUGCUGGAUCUUCAACAUCCCACGAGCGCGACCAUGCUUCGUUCUCCUCAGCCAAUUCCGAACACGCAGCAACUGCCAUCGACGAGGUAGCACAGAGCAACAGCAUUUCCCCCGAGGAGCUGAUCAAAAUGACAAAGAAUGGCAAGCUCAGUCACAACGAGAAAGAGCUUGCAAAGCUAGCCAUUCGCAAACGCGAAGUCGAAGGCAAGCUAGAGGACAUCCGCGCUGAACUCGACAAGUUUCAGAUCUCAACGCAACCGCCUAGUGUCUCCGGAACCCCACUGAAAGGCAUCAGCGAGGAAGACACCGGCACUAGCGAGAUACGCAAUCGAGCAGGGACGAAUAUGUCUUCCCGGCCCCCCAGCACUCGCACACAGCAGAGCCAAAGCCAAACGCAAGGCGAGACCAACAAUGAAGACAAGCUAUCUUCUGAGCGGACGGCAACCCCGGACCCGCCAGCGCAUCUCUCCAGAGCAGCCUCUCACUUUCUCAGUGGGGAAUCUAAGCUGCUCAAGCAACUGCGCAAGAUCGAGUCUAGCCAGCUCAAGGUUGCGACAAAGAUUCAAUCGAAGCAGCGAAAGGAUGCGGAGCGCGAGGAGAAGCUCAAGAAAAAGUCUGAGGUUGAUAACUUGAAGCACGAGGUACAUGAGCUCAAGAAGGAGCUCAAGCAACUUCGCUCUGAGCGCCAGAAAUGGGUCGAUCUUGUUUCUUCGUUGCAGGCGGAGAACACGAGGUUGGCGGCGAAGUCGGAGGGUGCUUAA